GUUCACUUCAGUAACAGGUCGAAGGUUGCCCACUAGUGGCGGAUCCACAAACACCGCACUAUAUUCGGAGACUGAAUGGAGAGUCCGCAUUCCUAACAGUACAGUCCGUGAGAAGAGUUUCGUCUGCGAAAACGGGAGCGAAUCUGGAGGAGCUAGUUGGAUUAAUUAAAAUUAAACGGAUUAGCAACGCGGGAAUUGUUGAAGUCUCGAGCAACUGACAACAAAGGGUAACAAUACAACAAACCACAGCGCUCCAGACUGAGUGGAGCCAGCAACUUGUGAGCGAGAGAGAGACGUUCCCCAGCCUCAGCACGACCACCGAGCGCAGCAGAUCAAAACCCCAGCGCUGCGCCGUGCGGGAAGGCGGUGGCCUCCAGAGGAGCCGGCAGCGAUCCGAGCGAUGUCUGCUUUCUUUUAGAGCGCGUGUCAGACGUUCGCCGGUGAGACCUGCAGCCACGUCCCGAUCCCAGCACACAUACGCCCCUCCCUCCCCCUCCUACAGCCCUGUCUUCCCAUCGUCGGCGGUGACCCUUCUCCGAACAGCUUGCUUGGAGGGCCCUUCCUGACCAGGAGCAGCUGCGUCCUGCUUGCUGACUCCCGUUCCUCCCUUGCUUCCUGUCCUUGGUCAGACAAGGCUGAAACCUCCUCUCCGUUCACCCCACCCAUCAUCUGUGCUUACAUUCACACCCUCACACACUCAGGCGCUCUUUUAGAGUUCAUUUUGGACUUUUUAUUUUUUUUUUCCUCCCCCUAAAACCCGGACUGACCGACAAUCCCAACAGUCUCGCAGCCGGCAGCAUGACCUCCAUGUCCAGCCUGUUUUCCUUCACCAGCCCGGCAGUCAAGCGGCUGCUCGGCUGGAAGCAGGGCGACGAGGAGGAGAAGUGGGCCGAGAAGGCGGUGGACGCGCUGGUGAAGAAGCUGAAGAAGAAGAAGGGUGCCAUGGAGGACCUGGAGAAGGCGCUGAGCUGUCCCGGACAGCCCAGCAAAUGCGUCACCAUCCCGAGAUCGCUAGACGGUCGUCUCCAGGUUUCGCACAGGAAGGGCCUCCCCCACGUCAUCUACUGCAGGGUGUGGCGCUGGCCGGACCUGCAGUCGCACCACGAGCUCAAGCCGCUGGAGGUGUGCGAGUAUCCGUUCGGCUCCAAGCAGAAGGAGGUCUGCAUCAAUCCGUAUCACUACAAGCGAGUAGAGAGCCCCGUUCUCCCACCGGUCCUGGUACCGAGGCACAGCGAGUUCAACCCGCAGCACAGCUUGCUCGUACAGUUUCGCAACCUCACCCACAACGAGCCGCACAUGCCCCUGAACGCCACCUUCCCAGACUCCUUCCCGCAGCCGCACAGUGGCGGCGGCGGCAACAGCAACGGAGGCGGCGGCGGUGGUGGAGGAGGAGGAGGCGGCGGCUCUUUCCCCAUUUCUCCCAAUUCCCCCUACCCUUCCUCUCCAGCCAGCAGCGGUACCUACCCCAACUCUCCUGCCAGCUCAGGGCCCUCCAGUCCAUUCCAACUCCCAGCUGACACCCCGCCCCCGGCCUACAUGCCCCCGGAGGAGCAGCUGGGCCAGGACAGCCAGUCCAUGGAAACGAGCAGCAGCAUACCUAGAGACGUGCAGCCGGUGGAGUACGAGGAGCCGAGCCACUGGUGCUCCAUCGUCUACUACGAGCUCAACAACCGCGUCGGUGAGGCCUACCACGCCUCGUCAACCAGCGUGCUGGUGGACGGCUUCACCGACCCGUCAAACAACAAGAACCGCUUCUGCCUCGGACUGCUGUCCAACGUCAACCGCAAUUCCACCAUCGAGAACACCCGCAGGCACAUCGGCAAGGGGGUGCACCUGUACUACGUGGGAGGGGAGGUGUACGCCGAGUGCCUCAGCGACACCAGCAUUUUCGUCCAGAGUCGCAACUGUAACUUCCACCACGGCUUCCAUCCCACCACCGUGUGCAAGAUCCCAAGCGGGUGCAGCCUGAAGAUUUUCAACAACCAGGAGUUCGCUCAGCUGCUGGCCCAAUCGGUGAACCACGGCUUCGAGGCCGUCUACGAGCUCACCAAGAUGUGCACCAUCAGGAUGAGCUUUGUCAAGGGCUGGGGAGCCGAGUACCACCGACAGGAUGUCACCAGCACCCCCUGCUGGAUCGAGGUGCACCUGCAUGGGCCUCUGCAGUGGCUGGAUAAAGUGCUGACACAGAUGGGUUCGCCUCUCAACCCCAUCUCCUCUGUGUCCUAAUAACAGACUUCUGGGAGAUUUAGAAGACCUUUUUACCUGUCUGGUUUCUUUUAUAAUUUUUUCUCUUUUUUUUUUUUUGUUUUUUAUCCCCCUUUUUACAUUGAUUUGUAAUUUAAAGCUGUCUUAAUGGCUGAACUGUUUACACUUACCUUGGGAAGGGAUAUAAAGCUCUCGCAGGAAAUUCAUCAACGGUUUCAGCCAGAAUCCAUUUCAUUUACAUAUAUAAAAACCUAAUAUUGCAAGAAAACACCGGGAGAAGGAGCAGAUUGAAUUUACACUAACACGGACACACUACUGCUCGACAAUGCCGCAGCAUGGAACAAUCUAGGGCUGAAUCUGUCAAACAAUAAUUAGACGUUUGUUACAUUGCUUUUUUUUUUUUUUUUUUUUUUUUUUUUUUACUUGUAGUUUGUAAUUAAG